AUGACGGCAUGCCUGACUUCCAGCUCUAUGCCUGGGGAGGAGGACAGAGUCCGGCCGCCUCCUGUGUCACUGCUGCAUUGUUUGGGCUCUCCAGGAUCAUUUGGUGGCUUUGGUUAUAUUUCUGUCAUCCUUUUGUCUGAACGACACAGCGUGGCCUGUGCUGAGACAUGGGUCAGGAGAAUCCCAGCUCCUUCCCCAACACUGGCUGCUCUCCAUCUGCCUGUUGCAUUUUUCUGCUUUGCUCUGGCCUUCUGUGGGAUGAUACCAGCUCUCUGCUGGAGAUACAUGCACAGCACAGAGGUGGAGGACAGUAUGCUGGAUGUAUACGACCUCGUGUAUGAGGAGGUGAGGAGGAAUGGCUCUAGCUCCAAGAGGCACGAGCUGACUCUCAUCCAUGAAAUAUUCCUGUGCUGUGGGAAGCACUCCCCUCUUGGAGACACAGCUGCUGUCGAGCACAACAUGUGCCAUCCUGGCACAGAGCGGACUGCUGGACGGGAUUGCCUACAAGAGAUGCAUGGCUUUCUGAAGAAGCACAUGGGCUUUGUCUCCACACUCCUGGGCAUCACCAUCGGCUUCACGGUUUAUGGGAUGGUUCUGACUUCUUUCAACUGGUUCUCCAUCCACUUCAGCGACAACCUGGAUCGGAAAGGCAAAUACACCUUGCAAGGAAGGUAGAAGCCUGUCUCCCAGGCUUCCCUACCAGGCAGACCCAGCUCUCAGUGUAGGUCAAUGCCUGGAGUCCUGCACCAAACCUCUGGAAAGGUGUUGUGUUGCUCACCUGUGUGCAUUUCCAAGCUGCACCAUCUGGGUGGAACUCUGCAGAACAGCAGUCUUCAAUAUUCACUGAGAAUGGAUGAGGACUGAGACGCACCUGGGCUUGGAGAUGCAGGUUUCCUCCUUGAGAGAAGGAUGGUGUGUAGCACAAGGAGAAUACACACAGCCCCCUAGGACUUAACCAGAAGAAUGCCCAUCCAAAAUCAUAGCAUUAAACCAAACCUCUGCGCUGUCACAUGAGAAGUUUCCUGUGACCCCAAAAGAUGUGACUUCUCUAGGGCAAGAGCUUCGGACUGCAGCAUGGGACAGAUCUUGGUAAAUAUGUGCACGCUGGGUGUGGUAUUGAAAAACAGGGAGCUUUGCUCUCCUACCUGGGACAGUGUUCAUUGUUGCCUCUAGGGUUUCAGGUUUUAGACCACCCCGGAGUAUGUCAGCACCCAGCCACCACUACCUUUUUUUUUUUUUUCCUCUCUAUCAAACUGUUGCUGGAAUUCUUGAUAUAAAUUAAGAAAGAAAAAAAAAAAAAUCAGAAAGCAGUGUGUGAGUUUUGAAACAGCCCAGCAGGAUAAGGACACAUCCCUCUGCAUCUCCCUUUUUUGAGUUUUUGAAAUUCUUAUGAUUAGAUCAGCCUUCUGGAUGCUGCACUGAUUUCACAUGGACUCCUUCAACACACUGCCUCCAUUCUGUCUCUUUCUGGCUUCUCUAACCUACCAUGCUGCUGUGAAAUACAAAAGGACUUUGAUAUUGAACAUAUGGGGCUUGUGUUUAAAUUAAGGAGAAAUGGACUGAUCUCCAGCCAUGUAAAACACAAUGUCCACUUCCUCUUCUCUCCUUCUUAUCAACAAUAAGGAGGAAUUUGAAAAGCCUCAGCCAGCUGAACAUCUCAGGCGAGCUGAAAUGAUGGCUUCCUGGUGUGCUUUGCCCUCAUUGCAAGGAGGCAGAACCACUUCUAAGCUGAAAACCAUCACAGCAAUAGAUUUAGUUCCUGCUGGAAAAUCUGCUGAGCUACAGCAGUGGAAAAUAUCUCUUAGAGCAGCUUUCACCUCCCUCCUUCAUUGUGGCUUUUACCUGUUGAGAACAGUAAGUGGCUGGUGAGAUUGUCUCAGCUUCCGGAGAUGAUCUCAUCGAGAUGAAAGAGGAAAACCCCAUGCUGAUGUUCAGGACAGUUCCAGGCCCUGCAUGUGGACUGCCGCAUGUGUGAAAACAGCAUUACAGCCUGCAGUAUCUCCCCAGACCUGGUUAGCAUUUGAACACGGUUGCAGAUGUUUUGUAUUGGAAAGAAAGGCACUGAGGGAGGAAGAGCCAGGGCUCCUUGUCCCUCUCCCCUGGUACAAGCAGAGCUUUGUUAGAGGCUUUGGAGUCAAUAUUGAGUCCAAAGUGCUGUGGAGCAUCACCCAGCUCUCUCCUGGCAGUCACCAGCCCUGUUCAAGCUGUUUCAAGUUUAGUGGUGACCGUUUAAGCUGUUUCAAGUUUAGUGGUGAUAUGCUUACCAUGCAGCUGCACCUGCAAACAUAUCGACUUACUGGUGGUGGGAAGAGAUUUGGAGAUAUGUAUAUAGGGGUUCUUUAGUACAUCACCCUCCACAGAGACAGUCUCCACUGUGAGUUCUGGCUGUCAUUGUCAAGUCUACUGCUGUUGUCGUUCCUCAGGCCAGUUAGCAGCACACAGGACUCCUGGUGUCCUCAAUAAAAACCAAUCUCUUGCUGAAA